GAUAUGAUAGGGCCGACCCAGAGCUGAGGGUCCUGUAUGUUGGUGCACUCUUUGGAUGCCCGGGGACUCUGCCUAUCAUACCACCAGAAAGCUUCACUGCGCCACGAAAUUGCUUCAGUGAUAAUGCUCUUACUGUGGUCGACAAGUUGGAGAAGUAUGACAACGAAUGCACCAUCGGAGUGGCAGUUCAACUAAUGCAAUCAGCCGAAUCGAUUGCCUUUCUCCCGAGUGCAAAGCAUAAGCAACGAGAGAUCAAUGCCUUGUCCUACAUCAAGGAGGGGAGUGCUCUUCAGUACAUCCUGCAGAGUUCACAAGCAGACAAAUCGUCACCGCGCCACGAAAUUAGCUUAAUGGCGGCGACUAGACUAACUAAGGCCCUUCCGCGCAAGUGUAUGCGUAUCCUCCUAGGAGGUUCUCAAGGAUUGGAUGCCACUUCUGAUUUGAAGAUACGUCUGUUGUCGUACUGUGGUGAAGUCGGCUUAUCGGAAAUGUUUGACCUCUAUACUCGAUCGGCCUCAGUGCCAGAGGAUACUCUAGUGUCUCUGAUUCGAACAGUUGGUAGUUUAUCCAUGGAGUCCAUGGAUGCACCAAUGAUAUCUGCACUAGUAGCCUUGGCUCAGACUGCAUCCAAGAACGAGAACACUGCCGCACAGUUCCUCGCCAGUUUGAUGACUAUGUUGUCCGCUUGGAGGGGAUCUUCUGAUGACUCCAAGGAUGUCGACACAUGCUGUCGGGAA